UAGUCAUUCUGUUUAUACAAGUUAAGGUCGUGUGUAGUCCCCAGCGUGUACCGCCUGGCGACUGGCACACACGCAAACGUACUGUCACAUUUUUAGGUCUCCCGUAGCAACUUUCUUUACCCUUAGACAGGUAAUCCGUGCCACACGGAGAUCACAGUUCAUGCAGUGCAGUUGGAAGAGCUGAUACCGUGGAGACUUUGGAAAAAUGGGUUCGGAGAGCAAGGAUGUGACGUCAUCGAACGCUGAGGAGACAAAAUCAGGCCAGGUCUCGAAAAAGGGAAGCUGCUGUCUGCUGGCCGACAAGAUCCCGGCUCGAUACAUCUUGUCGGGCUUGUUUUUCCUGGGCAUCGUUACGUUAGUCCCAACCAGGAACGGAUUCAGCGUCGCCAUCGUGGUCAUGGUGAACAGUUCAUCGUCUGCUUCACCUGUCAAUCAAACUGCUCCCUACCAACUCUGUCCCAGCAGCGGGGCUGGAAAUACUUCCGCACAGAGCGAGGAGGGAGAACUGGAGUGGAGUGCGAGUCUGAGAGGAACUCUACUGGGAGCGUACUAUUAUGGCUACAUCAUCACUCAGGUGGUAGGUGGUGUGUUGGAGCAGAAGUUGGGCGGCAAACUCGUGUACGGGACGGGCAUGUUGGCCGUUGCUGCCCUGGACGCUCUUGGUCCCGUGGCUUCCAGGGCCAGCCCUUGGGCGAUGUUUGCUGUCAGAUUCAUCAUGGGUCUGGUGUCUGGAGUUCUGUUCCCCACCAUGUACGGAGUCUGGGGCCGAUGGGCUCCCCCUACCGACAGGACAAAACUUCUGGCGUUUUGCUACAUAGGUUUGCCCCUUGGCAGCAUCAUCAACUACCCACUGGCGUCCUUCCUAGCUGCUGAGCUGGGCUGGGAGGCUAUCUUCUAUAUUCCUGGAGGUUUUGUAGCAGUCUGGCUUGUAUUUUGGCUCCUCCUGGCUUACGACUCGCCUGCAAAACAUCCGCGGAUCCUGGAGGAAGAACAGAAGUACAUAGAAGACAGUAUCGGGGGAAAAGUACAACAGAAACCAAGAGUUCCUUGGCUGAAAGUAUUGUCGUCACUUCCGGCCUGGGCUCUCAUCGUCGGUCAAUUCUCUUCCAACUGGGGGAACUACUUCUUGCUUACCCAACUGCCGAACUACAUGAAGAAUGUGCUGGGGUUCAACAUUACAACGAACGGUUUGCUGUCUGCUCUUCCGUUCGUCCUCGCCAUGGUCUCCAUGUUGGCGUCAAGCGUUGCAGCUGACCGCUUGAUCCAAAACGGGAGGAUUCCCAAGGUGUGGAUAAGGAGGGGAUUCGUUAUCACAGGAUUUUCCGGCAUGGUGAUCUGCGGAGUGAUCCUGGCGAACCUGAGCGGAUGUAACCCUGUCGCUGCCGUUGCCUUGCUGUGUCUUAUCCAGUUCUUCAAUGCUCUGACGACAGCAGGCAUGCGCGCAGUCCAUGUUGAAUUCGCGCCCAGGUUCAGUGGGGUGACCUUCGCCCUGGCCAACACGGCAGGGACUCUUCCAGGGAUCUUCGCUCCUCUGUUGGUCGGAUUCAUAACAGAGAAUGAUCCAACUCUCGCUGCCUGGAUGAAAAUCUUCUACAUAGGAGCGGCUCUUCAGGGUGUGGGAGGGAUUUUCACCGUGGUGUUCAUGCGCACUGACGUCCAGCCCUGGGCUCGGGAAGAGGCCGACCAAGAAGCCAACAUCGCUGAAAAGCUUGCCGACAAGAUCCCGGCUCGAUAUAUUUUGUCGGGCUUGUUCUUCCUGGGCAUCCUUACGUUAGUCCCAACCAGGAACGGAUUCAGCGUCGCCAUCGUGGUCAUGGUGAACAGUUCAUCGUCUGCUUCACCUGUCAAUCAAACUGCUCCCUACCAACUCUGUCCCAGCAGCGGGGCUGGAAAUACUUCCGCACAGAACGAAGAAGGAGAACUGGAAUGGAGUCCAAGUGUGAGAGGAAUUCUACUGGGGGCGUACUAUUAUGGUUACAUCAUCACUCAGGUGGUAGGUGGCGUGUUGGAGCAGAAGUUGGGCGGCAAACUCGUGUACGGGACGGGCAUGUUGGCCAUAGCUGCCCUGGACGCCCUUGGUCCCGUGGCCUCCAGGGCCAGUCCUUGGGCGAUGUUUGCUGUCAGAUUCAUCAUGGGUCUGGUGUCUGGAGUUCUGUUCCCCACUAUGUACGGAGUCUGGGGCCGAUGGGCUCCUGCUACCGACAGGACAAAACUUCUGGCGUUUUGCUACAUAGGGUUGCCCAUUGGUAACAUAAUCAACUACCCACUGGCGUCCUUCCUAGCUGCUGAGCUGGGCUGGGAGACUAUCUUCUAUAUUCCUGGGGGUUUUGUAGCAGUCUGGCUCGUAUUUUGGCUCCUCCUGGCUUACGACUCGCCUGCAAAACAUCCGCGGAUCCUGGAGGAAGAACAGAAGUACAUCGAAGAAAGUAUCGGGGGAAAAGUACAACAGAAACCAAGAGUUCCUUGGCUGAAAGUAUUGUCGUCACUUCCGGCCUGGGCUCUCAUCGUCGGUCAAUUCUCUUCCAACUGGGGCAACUACUUCUUGCUUACCCAACUGCCGAACUACAUGAAGAAUGUGCUGGGAUUCAACAUUAGAACGAACGGUCUGCUGUCUGCUCUUCCGUUCGUCCUCGCCAUGGUCUCCAUGUUGGUGUCAAGCGUGGCAGCUGACCGCUUGAUCCAAAACGGGAAGAUUCCCAAGGUGUGGAUAAGGAGGGGAUUCGUUAUCGCAGGAUUUUCCGGCAUGGUGAUCUGCGGAGUGAUCCUGGCGAACCUGAGCGGAUGUAACCCUGUCGCUGCCGUUGCCCUGCUGUGUCUUAUCCAGUUCUUCAACUCCCUGACGACAGCAGGCAUGCGGGCAGUCCAUGUUGAGUUCGCGCCCAGGUUCAGCGGGGUGACCUUCGCCCUGGCCAACACGGCAGGGACUCUUCCACUAGGGAUCUUCGCUCCUCUGUUGGUCGGAUUCAUAACAGAGAAUGAUCCAACCCUCGCGGCCUGGAUGAAAAUCUUCUACAUAGGAGCGGCUCUUCAGGCUGUGGGGGGAAUUUUCAUCGUGGUGUUCAUGCGCACUGACGUCCAGCCCUGGGCUCGGGGAGAGGACAAAGAGGUCUUUAUAAAUAAACUGGCCGACAAAAUCCCUGCUCGAUACAUCUUGUCGGGCUUGUUUUUCUUCGGCGUUGUUUCGCUAGUCACAGCCAGGAACGGAUUCAGCGUCGCCAUCGUGGUCAUGGUGAACAGUUCAUCGUCUGCUUCACCUGUCAAUCAAACUGGGACCUACCAACUCUGUCCGAGCAGCGGGGCUGGAAAUACUUCCGCACAGAACGAGGAGGGAGAACUGGAAUGGAGUAAGAGUCUGAGGGGGAUUCUUUUGGGGGCGUACUAUUAUGGCUACAUCAUCACUCAGGUGGUAGGCGGUGUGUUGGAGCAGAAGUUGGGCGGCAAACUCGUGUACGGGACGGGCAUGUUGGCCAUAGCUGCCCUGGACGCUCUUGGUCCCGUGGCCUCCAGGGCCAGCCCUUGGGCGAUGUUUGCUGUCAGAUUCAUCAUGGGCCUAGUAUCUGGAGUUCUGUUCCCCACCAUGUUUGGAGUCUGGGGCCGAUGGGCUCCUCCAACCGAAAGGACGAAACUUAUGGCAAUUUGCUACAUAGGGUUGCCCAUUGGUAACAUGAUCAACUACCCGCUGGCUUCCUCCCUCGCUGCUGAGUUGGGGUGGGAGACUAUCUUCUAUAUGCCUGGACUUUUUGUAGCAGUCUGGCUCGUAUUUUGGCUCAUCCUGGGUUACGACUCGCCUGCAAAACAUCCGCGGAUCCUGGAGGAAGAACAGAAGUACAUAGAAGACAGUAUCGGGGGAAAAGUACAACAGAAACCAAGAGUUCCUUGGCUGAAAGUAUUCUCGUCCCUUCCGGCCUGGGCUCUCAUUAUUGGACAACUCUCUUCAAAUUGGUGCAAAUACUUCUUGCUGACGCAACUGCCGAACUACAUGAAGAAUGUGCUGGGUUUCAACAUCAAAACGAACGGCUUGCUGUCCGCUCUUCCGUACUUUCUGGCCACGAUCUCCAUGUUGGCGUCAAGCGUUGCAGCAGACCGCUUGAUUGAAGGCGGGAAAAUUCCCAAGGUGUGGAUAAGAAGGGGAUUCGCUAUCACAGGAUUUUCCGGCAUGGUGAUCUGCGGAGUGAUCCUGGCGAACCUGAGCGGAUGUAACCCUGUCGUUGCCGUUGCCUUGCUGUGUCUCUCUGAGGCCUUUAACUCCCUGACGACAGCAGGCAUGCGGGCGGUCCAUGUGGAGUUCGCGCCCAGGUUCAGCGGGGUGACUUUUGGAAUGGCCAACACGGCAGGGACCCUGCCGGGCAUCUUCGCUCCUCUGUUGGUCGGAUUCAUAACAGAGAAUGAUCCAACCCUCGCUGCCUGGACGAAAAUCUUCUACAUAGGAGCGGCUCUUCAGGGUGUGGGAGGGAUUUUCACCGUGGUGUUUAUGAGCACUGACGUCCAGCCCUGGGCUCGGGAAGAAACCAACAUCGAUGAAAAGGGGACGGAGCUGACUGGUUCCAAAGACCUCAUCAUUGCUAAUGAACACGCCGAGAUGCCGACACAAGUACAAGAUUCAAGACAAGUGGCUCCUGAUGAAGUCAGGAUUGGUGAUGAUGGCUGUCAUCCUUCUCUUCUUCCUUCACUCCUUUGUUCCCAGCCUGCAUCUCAAUCUAGGAUUGGUUUUCCCAUGAUGGUUGUGACAACGCUGGUGGCCAUGAUCUACCUCCUGAUCUGCCACGGCGUGAUCGGCUGGGACGUCCCGACAAACAGCACACCGCCGCUGUUCUCACAGUCUGUGGUGUAGGACAGUACAGCACUACCAUUGUUCACCAUGUAUGUACACUAUAGGAUAGCACAGCUAAAGUAGUACUGUGACAGUACUCCUGUUCAGUCUGUUACAGUCUUCUACAGAUCAGCCAUAUGCCUUUCUAAGAACUGUGUCCUACCUACAUGCCUCAUUGCCUGACCAAAUCAUAAUUCUACAUUCAACACUGUCAUUGUUGACCACUCAAGCUGCUAUUGAAAUUCAGGUUUGAUGUUGAAGGGACCAAGUUCAACACUCAGGAUGGCCAAAAGUCACUGUAUUGCCUUUUGAGAAAAAAGUGGAAGGAAUCUAGCUGUUCAUCAAAAGGACUAAAUGUCAAUGUUCUAAAAUGUCUUACCAGUAUAGUAGCUGGUACUGUAAUAUAUUUGUGAAUAUGAUUUUGUAAUUUUCUGAUCACUAUUUUUAUUUUGUCACUUUGUACUUUUAUCUUCCAACAAAUACAUGACUGUCUUGGUACCAAAGAGAAAGUGAGGAAUACUGUAAGCUAUAAUAUUGACCAUAUCAUCAUCCAUCAUUGUAUCUCUGUUAUUUUGACCAAGACACUCAUAAUCAAGAGAGUUAUCUUAAGGAAGAGCUGAAAUCAUAAU